GUAUGAUUCAUUUUCAACAGAGCAGCAGCAAAACAAAUAGAAGAAGACUGGUAUCAUCUGACAGUGGAACAUGGCAGAUGACAAGGGUCCUCUGGGCCAGCUCAAGGACCUGGUGGAGCUGAAGGACCAGCUGGAAGACAUUCAGAGACGGAUGGAGGAUGAGAUACAGGCUGGUGUCCCUCCGGGAGGCAGUCUGCUGGCCUCUCCUUUCCUGAAGGGUUUUCUGGCCGGGUACGUUGUUGCAAGGCUACGCUCUUCACCGUUGUUUGGUGUUGCCGUUGGGACGUGCACAGGAAUAUUUGCAGCACAAAAUUAUGCCGUUCCCAACAUUGAAACCACCGUCAGAGACUACAUAAGCAAACUAAAAGGAGGAAGCAAAUAAUAAGAGAGGAAUACAACUAAGAAGAGCAGGAGAAGAGACAUCUACAAGCAGAGGGUGUUCUUUGAGCCACAUACGGGAACAGAUAUAUAUUUCAAAAGUUACGAAUUCUUCAAUAGUUAUUUUUUUCCACCUUCCACAAGGAUGAUUGAAUAGUAAAAUGUUAUAGUAGUAAGCCAAUUUAUAGAGUAUGGGGAUUAUUUUAAUAACUCUUCUGAUUCAGUUGAUCUGAACUCUUGUUAAGGUACUUGAGUAUGGAGAAUAGAUGACUGACAUACAUUCUGUAAUAGAUUGAGCAUAUAAGAAGCGUGUGAAAAGGGUUUCAAUUCAGUUAAUUUAAGCAGGAGACCCCAUUUUUCCCUCUAAUAUGGUCCAUAAUUAAAAUGUAAAUAUAAGGGAAUCAUAUCAACUGCUAUAGCUGAAUUCGGUCCUCCACCCUUUCUCCACCCCAUGUGUAUUUUAUGUCCUCUUUCGCCCUCUAGUGGGCAGAUAUCUUUUAUAUCAGUCAAUACUAAUUUGCAUAUCUUUACUCAGGCAUGAUAGAGCAUUUAAAAGUGCUGCUCUUUAGUGUUAACUUGUCAAAACCUUUUGUCUUUUCAUGGACAUAACACCUCUCCAUAUUGUUCUAGUUCAAAAUGUUUUAAACAAUAGUCCUAAUCGUUUGGAGAGGUUUAUGAACAAAAUACUUUAGACUCCAAAAAUGGCACGCUCCGUUAUAAAAUAACUUUUUCUUUCUCUAUAUAUUUUCCACCUUGCACUGCGUAAAAAGGUCAGAUUUCUUCCUGUACUUACAAUAUUUAGAUACAAAUGUAUGCCAAAGUUAAAUUGGUGUUCAAAGAUGUAGUUGUUAUUGCACUUGAGGGUUUUAACAAAGCAGGAAAUGUUUGCUAAAGUAUUUUAUGUAACAUAUAUAUUGUGCCUACUUUGGUCUGGACUUGAUAUUUUCAUCUCAUGCCAUGUGUGCAAUAGCCUUUCUUGAUAGAGUUUGGCAGACUAUUUCAUAUGCUGGAAACUAGUUGAUCUUUUGCAAUUAAUUAAAAAAUUGGGAAUUUUGUUACAUUGUGUUUCAUAAAAAAACAAUGAUUUUGUUUUUUGUCCAAGAAAAAUCGAAACCUGUCAAAGUUAUAAUGACAUGUUUACUCAAAUGUGGUGUUUGCUUGUGGUUUAGAUAAGUUUGAAAGUUGUUUUAAGGAAGUGGGAACUAUUAUGCACAUCCAUAAACACAGCUGCUGUUGCUAGUCAAUAGUCUAGAGACCACCUUAACAGUAACUGGAAUCUUAAUUGUGUUAUUUCACUUGGGUGAUUAACCUACAAAUGUAAAAGGUUUUGUUCAUUCAUCAUUAAACCAACCAAUAAGAGAUGUUUUUUUUCACAUGACCCCAGGUACUGUUUGCUGCUGUUUAAGUGAACACACGAUGCUUAUGUAACCAACAACCAAAUAAGUCAGGCCAGUAAUACACAAACAAGUCAUUUGUAAGUAUUCGAAAAACUAAGUUGACUAUAUUCAUAACUGGAACACAGAAACAAAAUGUGCCUAUUGACAAUCAUUAUGUAGCUUUCAUUGUAUUGCAUGUUACUUCAUUUCUUGUAUGUUACCUUUUUGCAUGUUUUCUCUUGCCAACAUUUGAUAUGUUUUGGAAAAUACAAUAUAACAGGUCAA